AUGGAGCGGGUCCCCGGCGCGCAGCCGCCCCCCGCCUGCCUGCCCAAAGCGCCGGCGCUGGAGCCCGGAGACCUGCCUGGGAUGGAUUUCGCCCACAUGUACCAAGUGUACAAGUCGAGGCGGGUCAAGCGCAGCGAGGACAGCAAGGAGACCUACAAACUGCCGCACCGGCUCAUCGAGAAGAAGAGACGUGACCGGAUCAACGAGUGCAUCGCCCAGCUCAAGGACCUCCUGCCCGAGCACCUCAAACUUACAACCCUGGGCCACUUGGAGAAAGCAGUGGUUCUUGAACUUACGUUGAAGCAUGUGAAAGCACUAACCAACCUAAUUGAUCAGCAACAGCAGAAGAUCCUUGCUCUGCAGAGCGGUUUACAAGCCGGUGAGCUGUCUGGGAGAAAUGUCGAGGCAGGUCAAGAGAUGUUCUGCUCAGGUUUCCAGACGUGUGCCCGGGAGGUGCUUCAGUACCUGGCCAAGCACGAGAACACGCGGGACGUGAAGUCCUCCCAGCUGGUCACCCACCUCCACCGCGUGGUCUCGGAGCUGCUGCAGGGGGGCACCUCCAGGAAGCCAUCAGACCCAGCUCCCAAAGCCAUGGACUUCAAGGAGAAGCCCGGCUCACUGGCCAAGGGCUCCGAGGGCCCGGGGAAAAACUGCGUGCCGGUCAUCCAGCGGACUUUCGCUCACUCCAGCGGGGAGCAGAGCGGCAGCGACACCGACACUGACAGCGGCUAUGGAGGAGAGUCGGAGAAGGGAGACUUGAGGGGCGAGCAGCCCUACUUCAAAAGCGAUCAUGGCUGCAGGCUCCCCAUGGGAGAAAGGAUCGGGGCUAUCAAGCAGGAAUCCGAGGAGCCCCCCAUGAAAAAGAGCAGAAUGCAGCUCUCCGAGGACGAAGGCCACUUCCCCAGCAGCGACCUGAUGGGCUCCCCGUUCCUGGGCCCCCACCCACACCAGCCUCCCUUCUGCCUGCCCUUCUAUCUGAUCCCACCGUCCGCAACUGCCUAUCUGCCCAUGCUGGAGAAGUGCUGGUACCCCACCUCCGUCCCGGUGCUGUACCCCGGUCUCAACGCCUCUGCCGCAGCCCUCACCAGCUUCAUGAACCCCGACAAGCUCCCCACCCCCUUGCUCAUGCCCCAGAGACUCCCUUCUCCCUCACCCGCCCACCCGGCCGCCAUCGACUCCUCAGCCCUGCUGCAAGCUCUGAAGCAGAUCCCGCCUUUAAACUUAGAAACCAAAGACUAAAUUCUUGAGGAUCCUGCUGCUUUGCUUUCCUUCCUCCCCCACCCCAGCCCCCCAAAAAAAGUGUUUGUGAGUGCAGUGAGAUUGUUCUAGCAUGGAUGCCUUGAUAAUCUGAGGCUUGGAGAGAAGAGCGUGUGUGUGUGUGUGUGUGUGUGCGCGCGCGCGCGUGCACGUGUGUGUGCGCAUGUGUGUGCAUCAUGUGUGGGUAUAGACAUUAAAGCUCCUUAGUGUAGGAAGGACAUGAAGGAUUGGGGAGGUGGUCCUCGGGCCUUCUCCCCACCUGGACGACCACCCCGGAACAGAUCAGCUGGGUGGUCAAGAGCCCCAGAGUGAGUCGGUCUACACGCCGAGAGCCAGGCCGCUGGCUUUGAGUAGAAGGUACUUUCUGAAGAGGGCUUUCCACAGCACAGUUCCCAGCCAGCCCUGUGACCCCACCCUUCUCCCUUUUAUUGUCGCUGCUGUGACUCAUCGCCCGAGAGGGCAGCCAGCCCGUGCGCUCUGCCUGCCAGGUGGUGAGGGAGCUGACUGGCAAGCGAGGCCGUGGUUUGGGGAGGCUUCCGCAGGUCUGCUCCCCACCCCUGCCACGGCUGAACAUGCAGAGUGGAGCCUCUGCUCGGGCUGUCAAGCGAUUGGCUUACUGGGGAACUGACGGGCCCUCUGCUUGGAGCCCAGCUGCCAGGAAGGAGGGAGCCGCGCCCACGCGGCUGGCACCCCUCCCUAGGGCUCCCAUGCGGUCCAGGGAGCCAAACCAGGCCGAGCGAGAGAGGCGGACUUCCCAGCACCCCAGGGUGCAGAGCCAGCUGAGCCCCCUCACCUGCUAGCUUCAGGAGCAGAGCUAGACCCGGGAUGAAGUUCUGUCUUAAAACUUUCGGCCCAGCGUAGCUUCUCAAAGGCCCAGGCACUGCGGGAUCCUUUCUACUGGCCCCAGCCCCUCACCCCAGGGUGUCUGGAGCGUCCCCACUGCUGAAAAGGAUGCUGUCCCUUCAAGGAAGUUUUACGUCCGGCCCAGAGGACUUUGUUUUCCGACUAGCCCAGCCAGCCCUGCACCAGCUCUUCAAAUGCACUAUGCUGACCGCGAAUCGUGUGUUCGUUUUUUCUUUCCCUGUUUUUAUUUUGGUAUCAAGUCGUUGCCUUUAUUUGUAAAGCUGUUAUAAAAUAUAUAUUAUAUAAAUAUAUUAAAAAGGAAAAUGUUUCAGAUGUUUAUUUGUAUAAUUAUUUGAUCUACAAAGUGAGAAAAAAAGAAUGUAUUCCUGCUUUUGAAGAGAAGAAUUUUUUUCUCUAGGGAGAGGUACAGUGUUUAUAUUUUGGAGCCUUCCUAAAGGUGUGAAAUUGUAAAUAUUUUUAUCUAUGAGUCAAUGUUAAGUAGUUGUUUUAAAAUACUUAAUAAAAUAAUCCUUUUCCUGUGGAAGAGAAAAAUGGCCUCCUGUGUUUCUUAACUCCUUUCUUAACUCGGCUGCUGGCUGCAGUCUCCGGGCCGCCCCUCCAGGAGGGCCCACGUGGUCACCUGGCUGUCCUUCAUUCAGCUUUUCACGUGCUUUGCAUUUGUGCUCAGUCAGACAGAAUAAAGGGAGUCCAUUUAGAAGGUAAAUAUUUGUUCCUUUUUUAUAACUAGCCUUUGCCAGAGGUCCCCAGGACCUCUCUUUCCAGAAUUAAGCAAAAAAUAUUCCUUCUCCCAGUCUGUUCUUGCACCAGCUCUGGGGCUUCUCAGGCUAUUCAAGGAUCAGAGCCCUGGCGCUGGGCGUCUGGGCUGCCUGGCGGGGCGACGG